AUGGCCCUACACGUGUCCCCCCUCCUCACAGGUUGCAUGCUAGCAUUUGAUGCUCUCGUCAGAGACACCCCAGUAAAGGGAACUCUGCUAAAUUCUGUCUCUAUCAGGGAAGCAUUUUUUCUCCUUUUACUGAGCAUUGAAGCAGUAGACUUGAUCUUAGGGUUUUUGAAGGAACAGUCCUGCAAGAUAUCUCUCGAGCCAACUUAUUGUGACUGUUUAGGGACUAUUGAGUUUGUUCAGAUGGGGGGUCAGGAAAAUACCAUGGGGUUUCAACACGGAAAUGAGAGCAUUCUGACUUGUCCAUCUUCAGGUCUCAGUGGUGCCAAUGUUAAUGUUUCAGAAAUGGCUAUUAGUUCUGUGUCGAUGGCCAAGGCUUCAGAUGUAGCUAACCCUUUUCUUGCUUCUUCUGCUUGGGAUCCACUUGUUUCCUUAAGUCAGGCUCAAACUUUUGGAGGCUCCUCAUUGGUUUCUCAUACCGAGUUUGCCAAUGCCAACCCUUCUUACCCUCUUGUUCUGGAAAACCAAGGAAUAAGCAACACUUCCCACCUAGUUCAAUACAUGUCCGACUCAAAUCUUGGGGGCAUGGUCCCCAAGGUACACUCCUAUGCAAGUGGGGGCUUCUCAGAAAUGGUUGGUGCUGGCUGCUUUGGCCAACAUGGGUCUGGUGAUGUGGCUAACUCACGGUAUCCACCACAUUAUAAUCCGAUCAAGGAGGCUCAGAUUAAUGGUGAACAAUCUCAGGUUGAGGACUCAAUUCCUGAAGAGGAAGCACCAGGAUCUGCUCCUAGUGGGAAUAGAAGAAAGAGAGGUCUUGAUCAUAAUUCUUCCUUCAGCCCAAAUAAGAAUGCUGAGAGUGAAAUUGUGAAAGAUUCUCCGGGGAGGGCCUGUGAUGGUCCAAAAGAACAUGAAAAGAAGCCAAAAGUUGAGCAGAAAAAUAGUGCAGAUUUGCGUGGCAAGCAAUCAGUGAAGCAAGCUAAAGACAAUAGUUCUCAAAGUGGAGAAGCUCCCAAAGAAAACUUCAUUCACGUGAGAGCAAGAAGAGGACAAGCCACUAAUAGUCAUAGCCUUGCAGAAAGAGUGAGAAGAGAAAAGAUUAGUGAGCGAAUGAGGCUGCUUCAAGAACUUGUGCCAGGUUGCAACAAGAUAACUGGCAAAGCUGUAAUGCUGGAUGAGAUAAUAAACUACGUGCAAUCACUUCAACAACAGGUUGAGUUUUUGUCCAUGAAACUUGCCACAGUGAACCCAGAACUGAACUUUGAUGUAGACAGGAUCCUAUCCAAGGAUAUUCUUCAAUCACGCAUAGGACAUGGAAUUAGUUCAUAUGGUCCAGGUAUCAAUUCCUCUCACACAUUCCCCAGUGGAAAUUUCCAUGGAACAUUGGCUGGCAUGCCUAGUACAUCAUCACAAUUUCCCCCUUUGCCCCAGAAUGUUUUGGACCAUGAGUUCCAAAGCUUCUAUGGAAUUGGAUACGAUUCUAAUACAGCACUUGACAACUUGGGACCCAAUGGGCGGUUGAAAACAGAGUUAUAG